AUGUCGGGCACACAAGCAACACCCUCGGCGCCCAUCCAGUCGAACAAGGUGUGGACCACGUUGAUCACCAACACGGCCUACCUGACCGGUCUCCUCACCCUCGACUACAGCCUGAAGAAGCACGGCAGCAAAUACCCCCUCGUCGCCCUCUACACCGACACCUUCCCCGCCGAGGGUCACGCCGCCCUCGACGCGCGCGCCAUCCCCAAGGAGCACGUCAAGUACCUGCUGCCCAAGGUCUCCAAGGACUACACCAACGACCCGCGCUUCUACGACUGCUGGAGCAAGCUGACGCCCUUCUCCCUCGAGCACUAUGACCGCGUCGUGCAACUCGACAGCGACAUGCUGGUCCUGCACAACAUGGACGAGUUGAUGGAGAUGGAUCUGGACCCGCCCGCUGCAGCUGGGAAAGGCGACAAGGUCUUCGCUGCAAGCCACGCCUGCGUGUGCAACCCGCUGAAGAAGCCGCACUACCCGAAAGACUGGCGCCCAGAGAACUGCGCAUUCACCUCCCAGCACUCGGACCCGGAGGCCGCACAACACACCGGCGCAGGCCCUACUGCCGGCCUUGGCAUGCCCAACGGCGGCCUCCAAGUGGUCAACCCCAGCAAAGCAGUGUACAACCUCAUCCUCCAACAGCUCGCCGACGACUCAUCUAUGGACUACGACUUCGCCGACCAGUCGCUGCUGAGCGACGUCUUCUGGGGGCGAUGGGUCGCACUGCCGUACAUCUACAACGCCCUCAAGACGAUGCCAACCAAGGGCGUGCAUCACCCGAUCUGGCAGGACGACAAGGUCAAGAACAUCCACUACAUCCUCAGCCCGAAGCCGUGGGACGAGGCGCCCGGAAAGUGCAGCCACGAGAACCAUGAGUGGUGGUGGGUGGUGAACAGCGAGAGGCUGGAUGCCGAGAAGAAGCGAGGCAUCCAGGAUGGCUUCUAG